CAUAGAUUUACCUGUUUUCAACAAUUGUAUGAUAUGUACCAGUUUUGAUUAAUUUAAUUAGAAAUAUUCAACCAUAUAGACCAAUUUAUUUAGCAUUGUUAACGAUACUAUUAAUAAUGGAAUUAAAUAACAAUAUCCGACAAACCACAACAACAGACUGGUUUGAUGAUGGGUCACGGGGUGAAUGCCAAAAGUAACCCUGAUGUGCUAUGCAUAGCCGAACAUUGUGGUCGUCAAUCGGCAGCAUGCGUCACCGACGCUGACUGCCGUCAUAACAUGGAGUGCAUGACGAAGUGCGGACUUACAAACCACAAGUGCAUGUACGAGUGCAUGAACACGUACGAGGACGAAGUGUUUGACGCCUUCAUGAAAUGCAUGGUCGACGACAACCACUGCAUGACCUUGACGCCACCGGACCCAGCGUUCCGUUGCUCUCCGCCGGUGUCGGCUUUGGGCGAUUUCAAUUUGUCCGAGCUUACCGGCCGGUGGUACAUAGUGCUAGGGUUAAACAGGGAUUAUGACUGUUUCGACUGCCAGAUCACGACGUACAAACCCACGCCCAAUUCGAGCAACUACACGCUUACCGAACUUUAUGACGUCGUAAUGUUGAACGGAAGUACACGUCACAUGGUGGCCACACAGCAGGUGGCUCAGCUUGAUCCGCUGAAACCCGCCGUGCUGGAUUAUACCAAUCACCUGAUGGGGAUAACUAUGUACGAGAAGUGGCAAAUAGUUGAUGUUUCGCAGUCUGGCACUUACUUGAUCGUUUAUUACUGUGGUCACAUGUCAGCGGACUGGUGGUACGAAGGAAAUCUCGUGUAUUACCGACAACCAACGAUUAGUCCCGAAGACUACUCGAAAAUCUCCGAUGCUGUCCGACAAAAAAUUGGUCACGACGUUGGUGACUACUGUCGACCACGGACGACGUCCUGUUCUUACAUGUAUUUGUAAUACUAUACGUGCAAUACAUGUACAUAUAUUGUCACAAUUUUCUGUCAUUUAUUUUUAUUAAUGUGUCAUGUUAUACUAAUACCUGACUAAACUGAUUGCUGGCCUCAUAUCAAACAUUCAGAGAAGUCAGUAACACAAAUAUAUAGGAUCUGGCAUGAGUUGUCAUAUCAUACCAUAUUUUAUUAAACGAGUUCAGGAAUUUUGUUAGUUAGCGAGCCAUUGGCGAGAAUGAAUGAAAGCUUUAGGUGUAAAGACACACCUUCGCAUUGGACCAAUGAGAUACCCGUGUGUUUAAAAUGUCGGUUAGUUAAAAUGUAUGUAAACAAAGGUUUCAGACGGCGCUGGGCAGUUAGUUUUGAUGCCUAAUAGAACGGCAAGCACGGUAAGAAUGUUUUUUUCAUACGUUUUAUUGAAUUAUGGUUUCAAAGUUCGUGAAAUUUGCAGGAAAAUGCCCUUCACUCCGUGAAGUUUUCAUUCAUUAAUCCUGCCUGAUCGAUGUCAAGUAUGUCACGCGCGUUGUGUAUCGUGUUAUUUCUUAAAAGUUGACCCAGAAUUUGUAAAAAUAUUGCAAGACAUGUACAUAUCCGGAAAGGAAAUUUAUGUCUGCGUUGAAUAAGACCGAGAUCGUGAAAAUCGCU